AUGAAAUUCUUAGAAUGUGUACCCGCUAGUCAUGAGCCUACUGAUACGUAUACCGUGUCGUAUGUUGAAGACCUUGAGCAACAGGUCGCGAGUUUCCAUGCUCGCCUCCAUCAACAGAGUUUUGAGACAACGGCCCAGGUUCAUAAAGGUCCUGGUACCGUUCUGACUCAAAACACGGAACCAAACAUCUACACAGAGCUUCAGGACUUCAAUGAUCCUCUAAACACAUUCUAUUUGCCCCCAAUACACUCCCACGAGAAUACAGCCUUCACAUUUGACUUCUCAUACCCAGACGAGAACCUGUUUUCUAUCGCCCAGCAGCCAGCUACACAAUUGAACAACACGGUAGACCCAAGGAGCUAUACAGUAGACACUUCGCAAUCCCUGGAAGCAUCAGUGGACGCCACAAUAGCUGAUGUUUCAGUUCGUGAAGGCGCCUCCUUCUUCCAGACAUACUUCGAGAUCAUUCACCCUCGCUAUCCCUUCCUCGACGUAGAGGAGUGCAGCACAGCCUAUCUCAACUGGAAAACAGGCGAGACAAAAUCCUUCAGCGACAAAGACUGGUCCAUGUGUCUUCUCAAGCUGAUCAUUGCCAAUGGUGCCAUCUUACAAUAUGCAUGGCUCGACCAUACAGCCCGCCGACAGCGCCAAGGAUUGGAUGUUCAAGAGCAAAAGAUUAUCUCGGAUGCCUCUUUCAACCCAUCUCGUCGAAUCCAGUUUUUGCUUCUCCACGCGUUCCUCGCGCUCCAUGGCGAAAACACUGAGCGGGUCGUGCAUAUCGUUGGCGUGGCGAUGCGUUUUGCCAUUCUGCAUGGUUUUCAUUGUCUCACCAACGAUGGCACUCACGAAGCAGACAUGAAGGUCAAAGCUUGGUGGUCCAUCUACUGCCUGGACAAAGUUGUUGCGAUAACCCUACGCAUUCCCCCCUAUCCACCGGAAGAGUGGGUUGAGACCAAACCAUCAUAUGAAGCCAAGCCCGACCCUCAGUUCUUCAUGCCCUGGGCUGCUGACAUACCGGGCUCUUCAGCCGGAGUGCUGUACAGUUUUGAUCUACGCUAUUUUGCCCACAUGUGCCAAAUCAGACGGCUUCACUCGGAGAUACUUACCACAAUGCGACGACUACCUCCCGAUUCCAGGAUCGUACGUCUGCGUGAGUUGCGGGCUGAGAUCGACGGAUGGGCUAAAAGUGAGGAGGUGUUUGCGAAUGGUCAUCUGAAUAGGGGGGGCCAUGCAAGCCCUCUUGGCGUGGUUUACGUCGGACACAUGACCCGAGUCUUGCUGUACAGCUCCAUCUCCAUCGAGGCCGCAUCGGAAAUCACGGAUGAGCUUCUUCAAGCCUGCUGUGACGCUUGUGCAACCUUUCGGGCUCUUCAAAAGAGAAAACAUCUGCCCAGACACUGGUUUGAUAUGCUCUUCAUAUUUCAAAUAGGUGUCACGAUGAUAUACAUCGUCUGGCGCCGGGCCAUUACGGUAUCAAAGGCUGUUGACCGUGCCAUCAGAGACUGUACGGCAAUACUCUCUAUAUUCGCUGACCGAUCGCAGAAUGCAGACAUGUACCGCGACUGCAUGGACCUUCUUGGGAGCAGUGUAUCGAGAGCUGCUCAGCCCGGGAACAUCGACGCAGAAUCCCGACAAGAGCUUGCAGUACUGGUCAGCCAGGUUGAGGAAAACAGGCUUGCUCCUCAUAUACAUUCCCAACUGUUAGAUAUGUGCAGGGACAGCACGAUUGAUGGUCAAUAA